AUGAGUCAAGAUAUUAGAAAAGAAGAUGGUGUGCGAUCUGCAACGGAAUAUAAGUUGUCGAUGAGUAGCAACCCUGGAUCUCGGAGAUCCUCUAUGGCAGAUGCUGAGUCAUUUAAUGACGAUAAUAUGGUCCUGAAGAAUGAUGUUCUCAGGGAAUAUUUGCUGCCACAGAUCAAAGAUCUUACUGACUCUGUGGUUACCUUGGACAGCAAUAUGACGCGACUUAACUUCAUUCAUGAUAAUCUAGUUGAUCUGAAUGAAUCUUUUGGUUCCCUAUUAUACGGUUUGAUGUGUAAUUCGUGGUGUGUUGAGUUCCCUAAUGCGCCAACACGGUUUGAUAAGGAGAUUAGGUUAAUGAAUGAAAUCGAAGAAUUAAGUGCAGAGAAAAGUAAACUGAAGAGCCGAUUAAAUUCACUAAGAGAAAAGCCAAAUGCACAAACGUCAGAUGAGAAGAUGAAGAAGCCUAGCGGUAUAAGCCAACCUAUCUUUCAAAAACCAAAUGUAAGAAGACCAAGAAAUGCACUCAAUGACGAAAACUUGCACAAAUUUAACAGGGAAAACCCACCAGUCUACGAUGAUAAAAGAGAAGCGGAUGAGGACACCAAUAGUGAGGCAUCAUUUGUUUCAAAUCCUGCUAACAGUAAAGAUAUGCAGCUAUUUGCAAAUGGCAGUUCCAAUAACGAUCCAAAGAGUCGACUAAGAAGAAAAUCAAUUCUGCACACGAUACGUAAUAGCAUUGCUUCAACUUCAGACGCAUAUGAUAGGAAGAAACAACAAGGUAUACAGAUGGGAAGAGUAUCGUUGGGUGGUGGUGCCGCAAGAGUGGUGAGCGGCAGAAAUAUGUUUGAGCAACAGCGCACUACGAGACACUCAACCACUGGCAUACCGAACAGGGUAGUGAAAAAGAGGCCGCCUUUCAAGUGA